AAAAAGAAACUGUAAAAUGUUUUUACGUAUAAUCAUAAUAUUAGUAAAUUAAUAGUUCCAUCACCUUUACUCUUAUGACUGAAAAAGGAAAAAGCAAUGCUCGAAUUAAUCCACUACCAGUAGCCCCAUGACUGACUCCAAUAUCUCUUCCUCUUCCUCUUCAUCUUCCUCCGAUUCUGCUUCCAUCGCUACCGUCGAUCAGAAUGUAAGGAGGAAUGGGAGAAUGAUAGAUGAUGGCGACACGUUUUCUCCAAAGGUGCGACGUUGGCGUGAUGUUUUCUGGUUAGCAAUAUUCAUGCUUCAUUUAAUUGCGUUGGGAUUUGUGCUCGUGCUUCUUGGACUCAAUAGGUUUAAGAAAUCAGAUAGGCUAAACAUCGAUAGAUAUACGAAUCGAGUUUGGGAGCAUAAUAAUGGAUUGACGGAGAAUUAUUGGCCCAAGUAUGCUGUUGCCGGUGGGGUUGUGGCCGCCCUUGGAUGUAUUUGGUUGUUGUUGCUUGGUUCUCAUGCUAACCUAAUGAUGAAGGUUUCAGUUCACAUUUUGACAACAUACCUUGCUGUGAUUAGUGUUUUAUGUUUUUGGUGUAAACAAUUUUUUUGGGGUGUGGCAUUUGCAACCGCUGCUGCGCUGCAGUUCUUGUACGUAAUAUCAGUUGUAGACAGACUUCCAUUCACCAUGCUGGUCUUGCAAAAAGCUGUAAAGAUGGUAUGGAGUCUUCCUGAAGUUAUGAGAGUUGCCUAUGCAUUUAUGGCAGUCAUGCUCUUGUGGAUGGGCAUAUGGUCUUUUGGUGCAGCUGGUGUUGUGGCUUCAAGCAGGGGUGACCUUGGACGCUGGUGGCUUCUUGUGGUUCUCUCUGUAAGCUUGUUUUGGACAGGUGCUGUCCUCUGCAAUACUGUACAUGUUAUAGUCUCUGGGCUGGUGUUUCUUGUACUAAUUCAUGGUGGUCGAAAUGCUUCAUCAAUGCCUCCCAAUCCAUUGAUGAAAUCUCUACGAUAUGCUGUAACAACAUCUUUUGGGAGCAUUUGCUAUGGGUCACUUUUCACAGCUGCUAUUCGGACUCUGCGGUGGAAGAUCAGGGGAUUCCGGUCAAAAAUUGGCAACAAUGAGUGUUUGUUUUGCUGUGUGGAUUUUUUGUUUCAACUUGUGGAGACCCUUGUUCGAUUUUUCAACAAGUAUGCCUACGUCCAGAUAGCUGUUUAUGGCAAAGGUUUUAACCGAGCAGCAAGAGAUGCCUGGGAGUUAUUCCAGUCAACUGGAGUUGAAGCUCUAGUGGCCUAUGAUUGUUCUGGUGCCGUUCUGCUCAUGGGUACCGUCUUGGGUGGGCUUAUCACAGGAACUUGUGCUGGUGUUUGGACAUGGAUGACAUGGAGUGACAGAGUGAUCAUGGUCGGGUCCACUGCAAUGUUGAUGGGAAUGGUCUUGGUAGGACUAGCAAUGGUGGUAGUAGAAAGUGCAGUGACAUCUAUAUACAUCUGCUAUGCGGAAGACCCGUUGUUGAUUCAAAAAUGGGAUCCUCAGUUCUUUAACCAAAUGUCGGAAAAGCUGCACCAGCGUCUUCAGCAUAGGAGUGCACUAGCCAGGGAGAUAUUGACUCAAAACCAGCAUGACACCCACAUGCAAGAUAUAUUCCAUCUUUGAAACAAACUGUUGUUGUGUGUGUUUAUUAUUCCAAAUAUAAAUGACUUUGUUUGGAAAUGCAAACAAAAUUUUAGUUGAAGGAUUUAUUUCAUAAAAAAGUGGCA